CAAACAUGUACUAGUUCUAUCACAAAUGUACAUACAUCAAAGCAAGAAUUUUGACAACCCGAACAUUUUCGCUAUGGUAAGAAACUGACCUUAAUUGACAAAAAUACGUUUUGUAGUAAAAUGAAAGAACAUAAGUUAAACGUGCUCGCUGUGAAGCACUACAAAGAUGAAUAACCAAAAAAUCACCUUGAUAUGCACCUUAAAAUCCGUGAAUAUCAAUGCCAAAGUCGACCGUAUCUUCUCAAUCUCAUCCAUUUAAUUAUUUCUUAACAAUCUAACAUGGUAAUACCAAAUCAAAGAAAAUCCCGUUUGACACCGUAUGUACGCUUCUUUGACACACUGAGUUUCCCCGUCAAGAACCACCAAUUCUAACAUCUCUUGCUAGCUGCAACUUUGGAACGAGUCGUAACUCUUAAGAAAUGUCUCCAUAAACAAAAGAAAAACACGCGCCAACAAAACCUGUCCUCUUCCUUCCCCAUUACAUACAAACGCCCACACCAUCUUCACCAAAUAAAAACCCAACACAAAUUCAACCGACUCAUUAUUUCAUUCCUUUUCCCGGCGGCGCCUCUUCCACCGCCUCGAUCUCAUUUGAGCAAUUAUGGGGAGAAAGCUGGACGCAAUUCUGGGCCGGAACAACUUCAAGUCCUACAAGUUCAAAGCACUCGCCAACCUCGCCGUCUCCCGCCUCGCCAUCUUCAAGAACCAGCGCCAGGUCAAGCUCAACCACGCCCGCUCCGACGUCGUCGACCUCCUCCGCCUCGGCCACCACGACCGCGCCCUCCUCCGCGUGGAGCACGUCGUCAGGGAGCAGGGCAUGCUCGAGGUCUACGCCAUGAUGGAGGAUUACUGCAACCUCCUCGUCGAGCGGCUUCAUCUCAUCGAACAAGAAAGGGUGUGUCCCAAUGAACUGAAGGAGGCGAUAUCGAGCUUGCUCUUUGCAUCCUCCAGGUGCGGCGAUUUCCCUGAGCUUCAAGAGAUUCGCCUUCUGUUGACUUCUCGGUACGGGAAGGAAUUCGCUGCUGGCGCUGUUGAACUGCGCAACAAUUGUGGUGUCAGCCAUAGGAUGAUACAGAAGAUGUCUACUAGGCAGCCGGACAGGGAGACCAGAAUCAAGCUGCUGAGAGAGAUCGCGGCAGAGAACAAUAUCGCCUUGGAAGAGCUAGAUCAACCACAUCAGGCGAAACCCAAUGCCGUGAGCAGUAAGCAAGACGAGGAGGGAGAGACAUCAGCAGCAGCAGCAGCUGGAGCACGUAAGGCGAGCAGCAGUGCGGGAGAAGACAUUGGAAGAGAUGGUGGUCUCACUGAUUCAGUUAGAAUGAAGAGGAAGUACAAAGAUGUGGCUGACGCAGCACAGGCAGCGUUUGAGUCAGCUGCCCAUGCUGCUGCAGCAGCAAGAGCUGCUGUUGAGCUCUCUCGCUCCGAUGAUCCACGCCGCCCUGACAACCAUGGUAAUGGGGAAGUGAUGGUGAGCCAAGAUGAGGAGAUGGAAGAGUCUGAAUCCGAACCUGAAGAUGAAGAAAUCGUCGUUGAAAGCAAAGCUGCCGCUUCGGAAUCAAAGUCGUCUUCUUCGAGUCUGGAUCCUGAGAAUCUAGCCAGAAAGUUGGACAAGGAAAUUCAAUUCGAUGAUGAAAGUGAUGAGGAGGAGGAGGAGAAUGAUGACCGGAUCAUGAACGCCGACGAUUCUGACAAUAUUGGGGGUCAUGAGGCAGCAGCAAGUGCAGAAGAGUCCAGUGAGAAUAUUAUCCCUGCGGUUAUUCAAGCUGGGUUGAAGGUGGAACCAGUUGAUGUAUACCCUGAUGCACAACAGCCAGCUUCAAGGGAAUCAAGAACUACAAGGACCUUGAACAUACUCAAGGCGCCUUUCUCCGUGAGGACCAGGCACGUCCGUGGAUACUGAGAAGAACCUUACUCGUCGGAAGUACAUAAAUUUUGCAGGUUGCUCCUAAUAAUUGCAAGUGUUGAUUUGUACUCACUUCAGUGGCUUUUUUGUGUUGUUUUUGUUUUGUUGGUUUGCAUCUUCUUCAUUCGUAAAGCUUUGUUCAUUACGCGGAGUUAUAAGAAUUACCAGUUGCGAACAAGAGCUUGGUCUACAUAAUACAAGAUUUAUGUCAUG